AUGAAGAAAUAUCAAUUAAUAGGACGUAAAAAAGUCUUCACUAAAUCGAAAGCAAGUGUGAAUUAUCCAACAGCACAUCUUUGCUCAUUACCAGUUGAGAUAUUGAUGGAGGUAUUUAAUUGCUUGGAAAAUGACUUGAAAACGUUAUUGAAGUUAUCCUUGGUUUGUAAUAAGUUUCAUUUGAUAAUCAACAAGAAUUUUCUUUACAAUAAUAUAAUAAUUACUAAUCCCAGGAGGUUUUCUAAGUUUAGUCAAACUCACUUGCCUAGUGCAUCUCAUUCAAUUACAAGAAGGUUUGGGUAUAAUGAACCGAGCAAUAACAUAAAUUUGGUAAAAUCCGUCCAUUUCAUAAAUCCUCCUACCAGAAAUUCAACCAACCGUAAGACAAAAAUUGCGGGGACGUACGAUGUGGAAAGUGUUCAAAGCACAGAUGAAGAAGCCAGUUUCGAUGAGUACAUUCAUUCAUUUACAAAUUUACUUAAAGAAGCAUAUGGACUAAAAACAAUUACUAUAAGUGAAAUAUCUCCAGAGUUUUCAUUUCCCCAUGAUAUACCGGGCGAUUCAUCCAGUGUAUUUUCUAGUUUCAAGUCAAAAAGGCCGCCUAGAACCUUAGGCAAAUUGGUACUAAAAGUACAGAGCGGCUGGUCAAUACCUUUUAGAACCAGCCACAUAUCGUCGUUGUUUAAUGUAUAUGGUGCGAUAGAUGAAUUAGUCUUACAUAAUUUUGUUCUUGAUGAUCUGAAAUUGACUUCUUCAUCGAAGAUUGGUGGUAUCAACAAAUUGGUUUUAUUCUCCUGUAUCUACUCGAAUAGUUUAUCCAAGAAGGUGCCGAACCAGAAAAAAAGAUGCCCAGACAUUCUUGCCGAAGUUACAGAGUUAAGAUUAUUGAAUAUUCUAUCAGGAAGUGACUUAUCGGUUAUUGAUGUUAUAAAGCAAAAUGGCAAAUUGUCGAAAUUAACUUUAGAUCUCGACUCUCAAGUAUUCUACCUGAUGACAAAAAAUUCUAGCAAUGAAAAGCAAUUCAAUUUUGCUAGAUAUAAUCUUUUUUUUAAAUUACUUUGUUCGGGCCAAGGAUUUUAUGCCAAUUUAACUGAAUUAGAGCUAAUAAAUUUUGACCUUUUUGACAGUUUUAGACAUAAACACAAAAUAAAAGAGGAGGACGAAGAUAAUGAUGACUGGGUUGCUCCUCUGACGGAUACUUUUGAAUCAUUGUUGACUUAUUUAUCAACUAUCCAGAACCUUUCAAUUGUAUUGAAGGAAAGGCCGAAAAAAGUUCGUACUUGUAUCAAAUGUGGGUUUACGAAAAGUGAACAACCAGACAAGAAAAUUCAUUCAUUGAAUAAUAGAGAAUGGUCGAUUUUGUUACAUCCUUUAUUGUCAGAAAACGAAGACUGUACAGUAAAGAUAUUCGAUCAUAAGGGUAAUAGAGUCUUUGUAAGAUCUAAAUAUAUAUGA